AUGGCUGACCGAGGAACUUCUCGCGGCGGUGGUUUCGCAUCCCGAGGCGGCGACCGUGGUGGCGACCGUGGACGUGGACGUGGCCGUGGCCGUGGACGUCGUGGUCCCCGCAACGAGGAGAAGGAGUGGCAGCCCGUUACCAAGCUCGGUCGAUUGGUCAAGGCCGGCAAGAUCAACAGCAUGGAGGAGAUCUACCUGCACUCUCUGCCCAUCAAGGAGUUCCAGAUUGUUGACAACUUCCUGCCCAAGCUCAAGGAUGAGGUCAUGAAGAUCAAGCCCGUCCAGAAGCAGACCCGUGCCGGUCAGCGAACCCGAUUCAAGGCCAUUGUCAUCAUUGGUGACUCCGAGGGCCACGUCGGUCUCGGCAUCAAGACCUCCAAGGAGGUUGCCACUGCUAUCCGCGCCGCCAUCAUCAUCGCCAAGCUGAGCGUCAUCCCCGUCCGAAGAGGUUACUGGGGAUCCAACCUUGGUGCUCCUCACUCCCUGCCCUGCAAGGAGAGCGGCAAGUGCGGUUCCGUCACCGUCCGUCUUAUCCCUGCUCCCCGUGGUACUGGCCUCGUUGCCUCUCCCGCCGUCAAGCGAUUCCUCCAGCUCGCCGGUGUCGAGGAUGCCUACACCUCUUCCGCCGGUUCCACCAAGACCCUCGAGAACACCCUCAAGGCUACCUUCGUGGCCGUGUCCAACACCUACGGCUUCCUGACCCCCAACUUGUGGAAGGAGACCAAGCUUAUCCGAAGUCCCCUGGACGAGUUUGCGGAUACCCUGCGAGAGGGCAAGCGUUACUAG